CGGAGUCCUGGAAAGUGGAGUGGCAGGGUGUAACAGGUCGCUAGUGUCAACGGCCUUGCAGGGGGCCGGGGGUCUCUAGUCAGGAACUGUUCAGGAUGCCAUGGGGUAGGAUCAAUGGGAGGGGCACCAGCGUGUUUGUCCCUAGGUCGAGCGUGUGCCCCCAGGCUAAUGGUCUGGACGAUACAGGCCGGGAGGGGCGGGGCUUAUCGGCCCCAGCCCAGCCUUUGGGCGGGUGACCUUGGCUUCUGUCCGCGGAACUGAUGUCUUUAGGAAGUUCGGGGAGUAGGAGGGUCUGUGUUCCCGGGCGCGUUCCUCCCUGCCAGCAUCCUUCGGGCGGGCGAUGAUCGCUGAUGCUGCGGUGGUGGGCGGCGGGAGCGGGAGCAGGUGCGGUGGAUCGAUGGCAAAGCUGCGGUUGGUCCCACCUGGGCAGGAGCGCAGUCUCAGGUAACCUCCUGGAAAAGCUUCUGGAGUCCGCAGGGAAAUGGGAGCUAAGAACCGAAGAAGAGAGGACACAGGGGAUCCCUGCAGGUGGGGAAGACCAAAAUGCUACUCACUUCACUUUGGAAUCCUUCCCCUCAUAGUGGUUGCCUUGGUCUUCUUUGGCUAUGGGUUCCCGAGCCACAGAAGCCAGGAACUGGGAGACUCAGAAUCUGUGACUAGGAUGGCCUAUGCCCAGCCACAGGUGCUAACACCCAGUAGGAAAGAUGUUCUUGUCCUGACCCCUUGGCUGGCUCCCAUCAUCUGGGAGGGGACCUUCAACAUCGACAUACUGAAUGAGCAGUUCAGGCUUCGCAACACCACAGUUGGACUGACCGUGUUUGCCAUCAAAAAGUAUGUGGUGUUCCUGAAGCUGUUCCUGGAGACGGCAGAGCAGCACUUCAUGGUGGGACACAAGGUCACCUACUAUGUCUUCACUGACCGUCCAGCUGACAUGCCGCAGGUGCCUCUGGGUGCAGGACGGAAGCUGGUGGUGCUAACUGUGCGCAACUACACCCGCUGGCAGGAUGUGUCCAUGCACAGGAUGGAGAUGAUCAGCCACUUCUCAAAGGAACGCUUUCUGCAUGAGGUGGAUUACCUGGUGUGUGCAGAUGUGGACAUGAAGUUCAGCGAUCACGUGGGUGUGGAGAUUCUCUCAGCACUCUUUGGUACCCUGCAUCCUGGCUUCUACAGUAGCAGCCGAGAGGCCUUUACCUAUGAGCGGAGACCACAGUCCCAGGCCUACAUCCCCUGGGAUAAGGGUGACUUUUACUACAUGGGAGCCUUCUUUGGGGGGUCAGUGUUGGAGGUGCACCAUCUCACCAAGGCCUGUCAUGAGGCUAUGGUGCAGGACAAGGCCAAUGGCAUAGAGGCCGUGUGGCAUGAUGAGAGCCAUCUGAACAAGUACCUGCUAUACCAUAAGCCUACAAAAGUGCUGUCCCCAGAGUACAUGUGGGACCAGCAGCUGCUGGGCUGGCCGUCCAUCAUGAAGAAGCUGAGAUAUGUGGCUGUGCCCAAGAACCAUCAGGCAAUCAGGAACCGAUAGCUGAAAUCCUAUUGGGGAGGCCAGACCUAUUCCAGGGGCACUCCAGGCUGCGUGGAACUGGAAGGAUUUCAGAGACAUUGGUGAAGUGUCACCUUCCAGCAGCCCUGGUACCAACCCCUUGGCUCACCACACACUAAGGCCCUGGAGUGCCAGCCUCCUCCAGCUCCCACUGUGUCCCUAUGCUCCUUCUAUUCAGUGAGAUGGUAGCCAGAGCCUCCAGAACAUGGGGAAACUCUGUCAUGCAGUUUCAUGAGGGCCUGAGCAUCCUCACACAGGCAUGUGCCUUCCUCUGCUGGAGGCUUGACAGAUGGCCAGUGACCUUAGGCAUAGGCAGGAGGGCAGGGAGACUUACAGAUUACAGGACUCAGAGGUGCUUAGCUCCCGUUUAGCCCAGCUGGCAGACCAGCACCCUGAGACCUUUGCUCAUUUUUUGGUUCAUUUGGGGAUAACUAGUUAUCCAUCCUGGGAAUAAGUAUUUCUAGGCAAUAUAGGAAGUUUUUAAUUUUCUUUUAAAUUUUUUAGUAAUUUUAUUUAUGUAUGCAUUUUUUUAAGGUCUGAGUAUUGUCUGCAUGUAUACCUACAUGCCAGAAGAGGGCAUCAGAUCCCAUUAUAGAUGGUUAUGAGCCCCCAUGUGAUUGCUAGGAAUUGAUCUCAGGACCUCUGGAAGAGCAGCCAGUCUUCUUAAACACUUAUCCAUUUCUCCAGCCCUCUUUUUCUGUUUCUGAGGUACUUGGGAUUGAACCCAGGGCCUCAUGGGUGCUAGUCAGAUAUGCUACCACUGGUCCGGGCUCUCAGAGACACAUGACUGAAUUUGCGGAGUGUUAGGUCCACUACAUUAUUUUUAUACUCUAGUUUCCAUUUGAAAUUUCCAAUAAUAAAGAGAUGGUUACUCCCCUCCCCCCCCUUUUA